AUGCAACACAACAGAUCACUCAAACGCAUAUGAAAAAAGUUACAAGAAGUACGUGAUCUGAACAGAGGUUGUGUUACACCCCUUUCAGCAAUCAGGAAUGUUUUUAAAGGUGAAGUUCCAUGACCCGAAUCAAGUUUAUUUCUAUUGUUUCAGUUCCCUAGUAGUAGCCAAUGAAAAAGGGUGAAGGAAACGCGAAUUUACACGCUGGCAGAACACUCUACUCUUCAAAAUAUCGAUAAUAUGGUGAAAUAAACACGGAACUGCGAACGUAUUCGUCCUUUGAAGUCUCUUCACAAUUUUGAGAGAUCCCUCGAAAAUGGCAAUGUCUUCUAUUCUUGUGAUCCUGGCCGUGGCCGGUGGAAUAUUCUCUGCCAGUAUCGCAAUAGUAGUCUGCACCUUUGCGUUUCGCUGUAGAAGCAGAAAACUCGCAAAAAUGAAGAACAACAGUCACACACGAGAAAUCCAGGAGUUGGAACCUAUUCUGUCAUCAGCACACGACAGCGUAGAAUUAGGUGAUGAGGAGAAAAACAAAGGAAAUGUCUCUCCGUGUCCAUCUUGCCGAAAAGUGUCAACGUUUUACAGUCCAUGCGAGUGUGACAUGAUUUCUGCUCAAAAAUUAGAGAAUAAACCGUGUCAAUUGCAGUUUUCUCUUUAUUACAAUUUCCAUAAAUCCCGCUUAUUCAUUAAUAUCAUGUGUGCAUUAAAUGUUCCAGUACGAUGGUAUGGAAAGCACCCGCCAACACAAGUGCGAUUCCAACUUCUGCCAGACGACUCCAACAUCUAUCGAACAGAAAUCAAACACAGCACAGCAGAACCAAUAUUUAACGAAACAUUCGAGUUUAUUGGUUACUCAGAGAACGAACUCAUGGAAUUAACCCUUCGCCUUGGUCUGUAUGGAUAUGAUAAGUUUAGCAGGGGGAAAAUGAUCGGCUACACGGAUGUGCGAUUUAAUUUGGAGAAAUUUCACCCUAGUGAGCCAACGAUAAUAUGGAGGAAAUUGUUACCCAAAUCUCAGUCCAGAGGACGCUCUUUAAGUUUUAGCAGAGGUGAAAUACAUAUCUCACUCCGCUACGAGGCAAAACGACAAAGACUCAACCUCAUCAUUUUGAAAGCCACAAAUCUGAUCAGAACCAGCAAGUUCUUGAAUGCUGCACCGUAUGUGUGUGUAAUCUUGGAGGCAGAUGGUACAGUUUUGGAAACCAGACAAACUAAGAAGACACACGGAGUAAAUGCGGUAUGGAACCAAGGUUUCCUAUUUGAUGUCGAAGGCGAUACCAUAGAUAAAUACACUCUCAACAUCCGAGUUUUGAACCAUGAUCUACUGACUACGGACGAGAUCAUCGGUGAAAUGACAAUUGGACCUCUGUGUGAGGGAACUGGUAAAGAGCACUGGGACGAGGUAAUGAGAAAACGGCAUUCAGGAAGAGAGGUGGCAAUGACACACUUUCUGUCGUGAUAUCAUGCAUCUAAAACAGCAAAAAUUCUUCGAUCUCCAAAAAGUUGUCAAUACAUGAACUCUACAUGUCUGUGAGGUUUGUAAGGUUUUCUGGUAAUACAGUAAAAAUCCGCGUAUAAGACUCUAGUAAUUAAGAACCUUUUUGGCAGAAAUUUUGGAUUUUAAUACCCAAAAAUAUAAGAACCUGUUUACCCAGCAAAACCUGAAAGGUUCUUAUACGAAGAGUCAUUCUGGAUAAUGAAACAAUAUUGUAGCAAAAUAUGUCUAAUUAUAAAAAUAAAUGCUUUCUUUAAAUUUGUUACUUCCAUAAAACAUGUCACUUCCAUAAAACAUGUCA